CAUUACCAAUCCUUUCUUAGAAAUCUGAUUCGAUGAAUCCCGAUUCUGCAGCCUAGUAUCUCCCUCCGAGAAUGAUGUCCACCAGCACCCGACUUUACGGCAACGUUUCCACUUUUAAUAAUGUUAGCGAAGCCGCAACCUGUUAGGUAACGACUCUUACGUCUGGGGUACCGUUAGGUCUAUAUGUCAUAGAGACAGAAUUUUAAAUGAAUUCGUCAGUCUUGCUACCUGGCUAUUACUUGCUACCUCGAACAUAAAUAAGGGGGGUUAUCCAGCUCGAGUUAUUCUUUUUCUCGGCACCUAAGAACCAACACUACUCGGAAAUCAGAACGGAAUUAUUGACAUUGCUUAACAAAAAUGUCUUCAAGAAUCAACACCAUCCUCAUCAUCGGGGCUACCUCGGGCAUUGGAGAGGCGUUUGCCCGGCGCUUUCACAGUCUAGGCAAAAAGGUCAUUGUUACAGGUCGUAGACAAGACAAACUCGAUGCGUUAGCUCAAGAGCUACAAGGCCUUGAGACACGCCAGUUCGACAUUGCCGAUUUAACCAGCCUUGCAGCCAACGUAGAAAGCAUCCUGAAGGACUUCCCCCGUCUAGAUUCCGUCAUAAUCAAUGCCGGGAUCCAGAAAAGCUAUAGCCUCUUUGAUCCGUCAACUUCUAGCCCCGAAGCCAUUAUCAACGAGAUUAAUACAGACCUAACGGCCCCCUCUCUUCUCGUUCGCCUGUUUGCUCCGCACCUCUUCGAGUUGGCAAAGGCAGGAAACAAAACGAACUUGUUUCUUACUACCUCCGCUUUAGCCUAUGUCCCGCUAAGCUUCUACCCGGCCUAUUGUUCGAGCAAAGCUGGUCUCCAGACACUGGCCAAAAUCUUACGACAACAAUUGAGUUUCGCCCCGGAAGAGGCGAAGAAGAAUCUAAGUAUAGUUGAAAUCAUCCCACCAUAUGUCGAUACAGGCCUCGAUCAUGAGCAUCGCGAAAACCUAAACGUUAUACAAGGCGGCUCGGAGAAGGCUUACCCACCCAUGCCACUAGAUGAAUACAUAAAUGAAGCUUUCGACAGCUUAGAGCAGCUUGAGCAAGAUGGCUCAUUCAAGAAAGAGAUUGGAGUAGGACUUGGAAAGCUGGCCGAGGAAACUUGGAGAGGUAGCUUUGGAAAGGUGUUCGAACAGAUGGGUCUCACUGUGUAAAAACUUAUAAUUCAGUAACAGAAAAUAAUGAGAGGUAAAGUCGCAAGGCCAGUGAAGUGUUCAUACUAGAUCGAAACAAUACUAAACCAGACAACUACAUACAAAGUUUUAGUUGAAUGAUUUAGCCCACAACUCCUCGAUUCAAUUGUAUUCAUUAGAUCUGCCUAUAUUAGCCAAUUAUCAUCAUCUGUAGUUUCCUGGUCGACCAAGUCCUAAAUGAACAGAAGGAUGUGUAUAUAGUUCUCAUGAGAAUAACGGCAAGUUAAGCACAAUUAGAAAAUAUGGCCACGCCACAAGAAACCAUAGUUACCACAGCGAUGAUGAUGCAUCCUUCAUCGAUUCCCCAGCGACUCUCCUUCAAUAAACGCCGUGAGACGAAUCGCAUUAUUACCACAGCUGUGUUAGCGUGUCAGAACUGUUAACAGAACAGCGUUUAAAGAUAUGAUAUAAUGAGACCGAGCAAAGACAUGAUGGAUAAUAAUAGGAGAGUGAUUACGCCAUUGUCAAUUCUCCAAAUACCCACUACUCAAGUUGGAGACGUCGAACGCAUCUCCAAAACAAAAGAUAGGUAUA